AAAUAAAAAUAAAAACAUGUUCGCAAUGUUGAGAUUUAUCUUCAACCGUAGGCGCCGAGGUCCUGACUGGUCUACGAUGCCCGCCGACAUCUUGGAGAGCAUCUCCGAUCGCCUGCCUCUCGACGACUUCGUAAGAUUCCGUAGCGUCUGCAAACAAUGGCGAUCGUCUCCCUCUGGCCGAUCCGAACUAAUCAGCUUCUCCAAAGGUGAACCAUGGCUCGUUCUCUAUAAGCUAGAGAAGAAGAAAGCACGCACUCUUGAAUGCUACAUCUACAGCCAAUCUCAGCCGCAGUGCUGCACGUUUAAGUUGCCCGAUCUCGAGGGCGCCGUCGUCGUCGAAUCCAAGUUCGAUUGGUUGCUCGCUCACCAUGGCCAGUUCUUCUUCCUCUACAAUCCAUUUACUUUCUCAAGGAUCAACCUCCCGAAACUCAGUGUAAGCGGCGAUUACGCUUGCACUUUCGCGUACCUUCCUACUCGACGAGAGUGCACCGUGAUCGUCAUAUACCGAGUGAACGAGUCUUCCUUGGAGUUGAGCAAGUGUCAUGUUGGUGAUCAAGAGUGGGCGACGCAGACGAUAUGCGAUAUCAGCAGCAAUCAGAUCGGAAGGAGGAUGAGGGUUUGGACGUGUAACCACACCCAUGUUGAUUUAUGCAGCAACGCAUGCCCUUCUCCUGCUCCAAAGAUCAGGAACUCGGCUGUGUUUAUUUACGACCCAGAGAAAAAAAAUAAAAUGUGGUACAGAUUUCUUACCAAAGGUAAGGUGUUCGUGUACAACUACCCGAAGAGAGAUAGCAAAAGCGAGGCUAAUAAUCGGAGAUACGACGAGAUGAGGUCGAAGCUGGAAGGGGUGAGGUCGAAGCACGGGAAAGAAUGGUGGCAGAGAUCAGGAGGAAGAGCUAUAUCUGUCAACUUUGAGAAUAGGCGUCAAGGGACGUUGGUCGUCGAUUCUCCUCACGACGCCUUCGAUGGAAGAAACGAGCUCGACGCGGUGAAGGCGAGCUUUCUAGAGCCAAAAUCCAGGGAGAUGUAGUUCAAUCGAUUGGUUGUUUUACAGGUUUUAGGUCCUUUCUCUAUUCUAGGCUCUCAUUAGACUUCUACGUAUGUAAGUUUUAUGUAUGGAUUGAAAAUUUUAGACUAGAAGUAUGUAAACUCUAA